ACUAACGCGUGAGGAGACGAGAAAGAGCGAGACUAGGGUAGGGCGGUAAGUCCUGGAAUAUCUUGGUGUUUCCGGGCAAAGUUUCAGGAAAUUUUACACAGUUUGGAGGGUGUAGGAUAAGCAGGCACCAUGAUUGGGGGCCUGUUCAUCUAUAACCACAAGGGGGAGGUCCUCAUCUCCCGAGUGUACCGGGAUGAUAUUGGGAGGAAUGCUGUGGAUGCGUUCCGAGUGAACGUGAUCCAUGCACGACAACAGGUUCGCUCACCGGUGACCAACAUCGCUCGCACCAGCUUCUUCCACAUCAAACGCUCCAACAUCUGGCUAGCCUGCGUCACCAAACAGAAUGUGAAUGCUGGCCUCGUGUUCGAGUUCUUGAACAAGAUGGUGGAAGUCAUGCAGUCGUACUUCGGCAAGAUCAGUGAAGACAACAUCAAGAACAACUUUGUUCUGAUCUAUGAGCUUCUUGACGAGAUUCUGGACUUUGGGUACCCCCAGAAUGCAGACACCAGUAUCCUGAAGACCUUCAUCACACAGACUGGAAUCAAGGCACAAGUGACAAAGGAGGAACAGUCCCAGAUCACCAGCCAAGUAACAGGGCAGAUCAGCUGGCGGCGGGAGGGCGUCAAGUAUCGGCGCAACGAGCUGUUUUUGGACGUGUUGGAGAACGUGAACCUUCUCAUGUCCCCACAAGGCCAAGUCCUGAGUGCCCACGUAGCUGGCAGGAUUGUGAUGAAGAGUUACUUGAGUGGGAUGCCAGAGUGCAAGUUUGGCAUCAAUGACAGACUGGUCCUGGACAAGUCCGGCCGAUCAGAUGACCCCAGCAAAGUUGCCGCCACGCCAGGAAAGACGUCGGUGGCCAUCGACAACUGCACGUUUCACCAGUGUGUGCGUUUGAGCAAGUUCGAGACGGACCACAACAUUAGCUUCAUUCCUCCUGAUGAGGAGUGUGAGCUCAUGAGGUACCGCACCACGAAAGACAUCAGCCUGCCGUUCCGUGUCAUCCCGCUGGUACGCGAGGUCGGGCGCACCAAGAUGGAGGUCAAAGUCGUCAUCAAGUCCAACUUCAAGCCAUCGCUCCUGGCCCAGAAGAUAGAAGUGCGUAUCCCCACUCCCUUGAACACCAGUGGCGUCCAGGUCAUCUGCAUGAAAGGCAAAGCUAAAUACAAAGCCAGCGAGAAUGCCAUCGUUUGGAAAAUGAAGCGUAUGGGUGGCAUGAAGGAGUCCCAGAUUUCUGCAGAGAUUGAGCUGCUGCCAUCAGACAAGAAGAAGUGGUCCAGACCUCCCAUCUCCAUGAACUUUGAGGUGCCAUUUGCCCCGUCUGGCCUGAAGGUGCGUUACCUGAAGGUGUUUGAGCCCAAGCUGAACUACAGUGACCAUGAUGUCAUCAAGUGGGUGAGAUACAUUGGUAGGAGUGGCCUGUAUGAGACAAGGUAG